AAGUAUAUCACUUUCAAUUUCCCUCUUAUCAACUUCAAACACUAGUAUAUAUAACACAUUAAUUAUAUAUUUCCAUAGAUGAAAUGAGUUAAGGUAUGGAAAUUGUUGCUUCCUACUUAGUCUCAUUUUUGUUUGCAAUAAUUUUAGCAAUAUAUGCAUGGAGGUUGUUGGAUUGGGCAUGGUUUAGGUCAAGGAAACUAGACAAGUGCCUAAGAAAACAAGGUCUCAAAGGGAACUCUUACAAAUUAAUUUUUGGAGACCUCAAAGGGUUGUCCAAAAGCUUUGAAGAUGCUAAAUCCAAACCAUUGAAUGUCUCUGAUGAUGAUAUAUCUCCCAGAAUUCUUCCUUAUUUUGUUGCAGCAAUCAAGAAACAUGGUAAAAACUGUUUUAUAUGGCUUGGGCCAAAGCCUAUGGUAUUAGUAUGGGACCCUGAGGUAAUAAGAGACGUGUUUAACAAACAUGCUCUUUACCAAAAGCCCAAAUCAACUCCCUU